AUGCCGCCUCCUCUUGCCAUCUGCAGGUGGGGGGGAAAGGCUCUGCCCGACCUCCCCCUUUCCCCCCUCAGAGCCGUCACCGACUUUUCUCCCUCUAACCCGCCCCGAUCGCUCUCUCCGACAGCUGACUGUCGGCAGCAGCCCAGGAAAAGGCGUUCUGCCCGCCAGCAGCGCUCCCGCCGGUCCCGGGCGCCGCUCCCCGGGAAACGGGGCGCGGCCGCAGAGGAAACCUCAGGAACAAGUUCUUACACACGAUCAAAGCCCUUUCCUCGCUACGGAUAUAAACCAUCACCGCCGAAUGGUUGUGGAUCCCCUCUAUUUGGAGUUCAGUUUGACAUUGGUAUCCCUUCGAUGACAAAGUGCUGCAAUCACCACGACAGAUGCUACGAUACUUGUGGCAAUAAAAAGAAUGAUUGUGAUGAGCAGUUUCAGUCCUGCCUCUCCAAAAUUUGCAGAGAUGUGCAGAAAACGCUUGGAAUCUCAGAAAGUGUCCAGGCUUGUGAAUCAACUGUUCAGCUGUUGUUUGAUGCGGUUAUACAUUUAGGAUGUAAACCAUACCUGGAUAGCCAGAGAGCUGCAUGUAUGUGUCGUUACGAGGAUAAGACUGAUCUCUGAAAGAAGGUUAAAGUCUUAAUAUAAUUGCCGUCCUCAGGCUGUUUUGCUUUCCUGGAUGAUCUGAAUAACAGCAGUGUCCCCACAAUCAAACUUUCUUCUUCAAACUGCAGUUCUGAUAUAUCCAUAAUGCUUUUUCCAAAAGCAUAUGGUGGAGCAUUGCAACAAUCUGAAAGUGUUUCACAACAUGUACAU